AUGACGGAGAACGGCGCCGCGCAGACGGGCACAGUCCCGGAUGAACAGCCGCGUAAUGGUACAAUGGAGAAUGUCAAACUGAGUAUGGCGGAAGGCGACUCAUCCAGAAUGGAGUCGGGCUCAAAGAAUACUGCCUCACCACCGGUGAAAGCUGACAAUAGCGGCGCAGGGACUCACUCCAGCCCCAAGAAGCGUCGCAAAGUUAAUCAUGCGGCCGCUCUCCGCGUUCGCAUCUCAGACCACGUUGCUGACCACCAUGCCAACGCUUUUGCAGCAUGCGUCUACUGUCGACGAUCGCAUAUGACUUGCGAUUCGGAGCGGCCGUGCACGCGGUGUAUAAAGCGCAACAUAGGCCACCUGUGUCAUGACGAACCCAGGGAGCCUUCAAAGCGGGCGCGGAGCGAACACGAGCAUUCGACUGCUGAAGAGGAGGGUCAUUCGAACAAUGAGUUUUCAAAUGUUCAAAGCAUGACUCGAAACGUUGAUGUUCAAGAUGCUGCCGGACAGCAAAUCCUUCCCGAUGGGACUAUCGCCCUUCCCCCUUCGUCUGUCAGUGCUGUGCAGCAUAACAGCAUCCCCUCCUCCUCUGCGCAAAACAGCAUAGGCCCCAACUCCCAACAACUGCUGGGCUACAACGACUGGCUUGGAGGCCAAAGCCAAUUCCAGGAUAUGCACACCUUCCACCCGUCCUACAUGUUCAAUGCCCCGGAAGUCACGAACGAAUACAACCUCCUGGGAGACUUUCUCAGCAGCAGCCUUCUAGAUGACGGGGGGAUGUUUCCGAACGAUAAUCUACAAGGGAUAUACUCCGAUCCAACGUUGAUCAAUUCAAUGGCCAAUCUGGAUAAUACGGCUUUAUUGCAGCAAACUCAGCCUCCUCAGCCAACGCAGAGUCAACCACCUCAGAACGAUUCGGUUCAAGGUCCAAGCUCCACAGUGGUGAACGAUAAGGCAAGAGAGACAUAUUAUAUGACUGCGGCGGAUCCGUCAGGUUCAGACCCACCAGAAGAGCGGAUGAAUAAGCUUCUCAAGGCGAAAUACGAUGCUGGUCUUCUGAAACCUUUCAACUAUGUGAAAGGCUACGCUCGCUUGAACCAAUAUAUGGAGAAGAACAUGAAGCAGUCAUCUCGGCAGAAGAUUCUACGGCAGCUGGACAAAUUCCGACCUAAAUUUAGAGAGAGAAUGCAAAGUCUGACCGAUAUCGAGCUCAUUCUCGUGGAGAUGUGGUUCGAACGAAGUCUGAUGGAAUAUGACCGUGUCUUUGCCAGCAUGGCGAUUCCCGCCUGCUGCUGGAGGCGGACGGGGGAGAUCUUCCGCGGCAACAAGGAGAUGGCAGAACUCAUUGGCGUGCCGAUAGAGAGUCUGCGAGAUGGCAAGCUGGCAAUCCACGAGAUCAUUGUAGAGGAUCAGCUCGUGAGCUACUGGGAGAAAUUCGGCGCUAUUGCAUUCGACAACACUCAGAAGGCAAUGCUCACAAGCUGCACACUAAAGAAUCCGAAUUCGAGUAAUCCCGGGAAUGGGAUUCCAUGUUGCUUCUCUUUCACAAUUCGGAGGGACAAUCAUAAUAUUCCCUCACUCAUCAUUGGCAACUUCUUACCGUCACAACGCAGAAGCAAAUGA